AUGGCCGCCUUUGCAAACACCGAGUACAUGCCGGUCGAACAGUACCCACCUGACAACGAUCCCCUGAGUCCUCAGAGAAACGCAUUGCCCAUGCCCCCAGGGUCCGGCGGCGCUCGUCGUCAAGCAUCUGGCCAUGCCAUGCGCAAUCUCGGGCAGGCUUCGCCCUUGCAAGUACUUUCCGAUCAGGAUUUCCCCAGGUUCGAUGAUGUUGUGUGGGAAAUCCGAACUCGAGCCGAGCUGCUCCUCCAGAGAAUACCUCCGGCGAGUCAGACCUACUUGAUGGACCUGUACUGGGAACAUUACAACCGUAUUUUUCGCAUUGUCCACAAAGAAUCCUUCUAUCAGGGCGCGAGCAAUCCCGGGUCGCCAUCCUACAGUGGCUUCUUGCAUGUCUGCCUGCUGGCCAUGGGUUUUACCUUUGCCGACAAGUCUAGGCCCGAUAUGCAGAGGUUUCUGGCAUCGACGCGUGAGGGUGAAAGCACACUCCACACGGAAGCCCGAAGGCUAGCCAAAUAUGAGAUGGAUAUCCCCGGCGGCCUGUCCAGCAUUCAAGCUCUGCUGAUUCUGGCGGAUCUGGAAAGCGGCGUUGGCAGGGACGUUACAGGCUGGAUGUAUGUAGGGAUCGCAAUUAGAUCCGCCUUUGAGCUGGGCUUGAACGAAGAGAGCUCCGAGGCAAUGUCUGAACAGCACCGCUUUGAGAGACGCAUGGUGUUUUGUGCGUGCUUUCUUUUUGAUAGAUUUUGGGCCGUGUAUCUUGGACGGUCACCAUCAAUCAAGCCAUCCGACAUUGGAUACACUGAAUUGACCCCAAUAUCAGCUCCCGGCAGCGGUUCCAACAGUCAGACGUCGGCCCAGGAGGUGCAAAUCUAUGAGAGCUUGGUCCAACUGGUGACCGUCUAUGGAGAAAUCUCAACCCUCCUCCGUUCCAAUCGAUCUUCUUCUGAGCCUGACAUGCUGAAAAUGGCGGACCUUGCCAAAAGCCUCCGGAUGUGGCGUGAAAACUUACCCCCGAGCUUGAACUGGACGCCAGAGAAUUGCCAACUGGCCACCCCGGGCUUCUUUCUUCUCCAUCAGCAAUACCAUAUGGCUGUGAUCUUGUUACAUCAGCCUCUCGCCCACAGCGACAGCUCGCGGCGCCAGCGGCAGGCGGAGCCCGGCGUGGAUCCGGCCUUGGUCGACGAUGUCUUUCCCCAGUUGUCUGCUAGACUCUGUCAGAAGCACGCCUCUUGCAUCGCCAACAUCCUCGAGAAGUACUACCACACUCCUGGCAGAAUGUAUCCGUGCGGCACGGCGCUCCUGACCGCCUCUACUGCCGGGAUUGCAUUGGUCAACGAUCUCACCAGCACUCAACAGAACAAAUAUGAAAGUCCUAGAGCGCUCCGACAGGUGCAAGUUCUGAUGAGUGUGCUAGGUUCGAUGGGUCACAAAUACCGACGGGCAAACCAAAUUGCGAAGUCCUUGGGAAAUGUGCUGAUAGAUCGCGGUUGGAAUUUCAGCGGCGUCACGAAUCUCUCAGGCACGAAUUCUCUGACCCUAGGGCCCAUGCUGAUGUCUCCUCUCGAAAUGGGCCAACCACCUCAGAUGGCACCACCGCAGACCCAGAAGCUCAUCAAUGCCAGCAAUAGUUCCUCCAUCUUCGACGGCAUGACGGAGGAGAACACUCCAGGAAUCGGGCACAGCUCGCAGGACCAGCGAUCCUCGGGCAGCAAUGGGUUUGCCGUCGACCAAAGGAGCUCCACUGAUGGCAAGGGUCAGUCGAUUCUCCACGAUCUCAGUCCAAGCUUGAAUGCUUGGAUGAUGACUGACAGCAUGGCGCUCGAUACGACCGUGUUCGAAACCGCGACCGAAGACUUUUUCUGA